AUGAAGCACCUCGCUGGAGCAGACCCCGAACUCAUCCUGUUGAACUCACACUACAGAGAGCUGGAGGUGAGAGGGAGUUUUGAUCUUCCCACACUGGUGUGACCCACCGGAGGAUUUUUAGCUUCAGGCAGAACUGGUAGAGGUGAUGCUCUUCACGGAAUAUGCAAUUGCAGGAAUAGUUUUGCUUGUGUUUCUGAAUCGAACAUGUAGGGCCCGCAACAAAACGUUGCAGCGCAGCGGCAAGAAUCCAUCUCCCUAAGAAUCAUGGGGGUUUCUUUUGAAAUCUUAUUUUUCAAGGAGGUUUCAAUGGCAUUGAAGGGAUGCUUGAAAGUAUGUGGGCAGCAGGUUGGUAAAUCGCAGCCAGAUUGGUUAUUGUUGUCCAGCAAGCCAGCGAUUGGGACUUUUAAUUCCUCCUCCGCUGGACUAGCAAGAUUAAGUUGCAUAGUACUUUAAAAGCUCCAGGAAUAUUCAAAAGUAGAGGGACCGGGUGCAGCAGGCUUUUGGAGGCUUCUCUUCUGGAAUCCAUCUGCCAGAUUUCAGCCAUGGGCAGGUAAGAUGCAAAUCUUGCUCUGUGAUGCUUAACAGGCUAAUUAAUGUGCUGUUCACACAGCAAAGGAGCAAAGGUCCGUCAAAUAUGGGUGUAGCCAGAAUUUAUGGCGGGGGUGGGGCAGGACACACACCUGUCAUCAUCCUCUGUCUUAGCAGAUUCGGUAUGAAACGUCUCAGCAAGAGUUGUUUUAAGUUACCUUCCUUUGACCCCAAGCGUUCAGAAAAAUCUGCCAAAAUCUCCAGCCAUUUGAAAACCAGGAAGUUAAAUAAAAAAAUUAACAUCCGGGAGUAGCUUGCAUGCGGUUAACAAGUCUAUUUUGCAAAAUUACGAAGAGCCUGCCUUUUUAAUCUUAUUUUUAAAAAUCUAAACUAAAACAAGUUUUCUUGGCUUUGCUGAAAACCUUUUCAGCUAUUCCUUCUCUCAUUUCUUUUUUUUCCAAUGCAGUUUUUCUGCGCACACUCAGUAAGCGUAGGCAAUUUCUACUUUUAAGUUAAGCAUUUUUAUUUGCUUACUUGAUGGGGGGGCAGCUGUCCCCUGGCUAUGCCCAUGGGUCCAAUGCCAUCUGCAUUUGGAUACACUGGUGCCAGUCCAGCUGGGUCUCAGCAUGUUGUUGCCACCUGCAAGUCUCUGGUUGACCAGGGGAAGGACGACUGUGGCUCUAUGCUAGGACAUCUGCUUUGCUUGCAGAAGGUCCCCGUUUCAAUUCUCACUAGCAUCUCCAGGUAGGGCAGGGAAGGUCUGUGGUCUGCAGCCCUGGAGUGCUGCUGCCCAUCAGUGUAGCUCAGGGGUAGAGCAUCUGCCAGCCUGUGUAAGCAGCACUGAGCUAGGUUGACCAAUGCCCUGACUUGGCCUAAGGCAGUGCCUUAUGCAUUUAUUUUGCAGAGAAUUCCACUGAGCGAUAUGUCCCGCAAAGAAAUCAACGAGCUGGUGCAGAAACUGGGCUUCUACCGGAAGGAGAAACCCGACUCGCCUGUCCCCAAAGAGUUCCAGCUUGCUCCUGCCCGGCCGCCCCCUGGUUCAGAAGGCGCCAAGGGAGAGCGUGCGGCGGAGAGCAAAGGGGCUGAGGGUGGAGAACUCUAG